UCUUCUGUCCCGCUCGCACAAAUAACAUGGAGGAUCGCUGUAGAGACUGACUUGAGCGUAUUUGUCUUUGUUUACGUGUUGAAUUAAUGAAAGCAGAAAACUGUGGAUAUAACAAGUGCGCAAAGAAACAUCCUUCUUUGGGUUAUGAGAAUUCUACAAAGACAUUCUUACAGAGUUACUGCGGAAGACUAAAAUUUGUGAAAUGAAUAACGGAGACAUCGGGGGGUCCAGAGGCAGAGGCCGCGGUUGGCAGCAGCCAGAAAACCAGCCGCGGGAGCUUCGGCGCCCGAAGAACGUCGUCGAGGAUGCUAAAGUGGAGGCACCCAAGUCGAACCUGUCUGCGGAGGCGAAGGAAUGGUACCCACCAAACUACACCCCGCAGACGUAUGCUGCCGACCCAGCCCCCUAUAGACCUCAGAGGUUCUCCGUGCAGGACCGCCUGCGGCAGGCGCAGGACCAGAACCCGUACAACUUCGACACCAUGACCUACUCGCUUGAGGAGGCUGAGAACAUGGACUUGAGGGAGAACAUCGGCAACCUGAUAACCGUGAUGUGCGAGAUAACCUUCGACCCGGGCAAGUUCGACACCCUGUGCGGGCCGUUGGUUGACUCGUUCGCCUCCAUGCUGCACGAGCGGAGUUACACCAGGGCGCUCAUCGACGCCAUCGUCAACCAGUCGAUCGGCGAGCCCAACUUCCGCUACAACGGCGCUCGCCUCUGCUCCAUGUACGACUCGCUCGCCCCGCCGGAGGAGUCCACCUUCCGGGCCUGUCUGCUCGAGCGCUGCUCCGCCGAUGAGAACAAGAUCAUCACCGGCCUCGAGGGCUCCGAGGAGAACGUGCGCGGUUUCGCGAUGUUCCUGGCCGAGAUCUACACCCAGCUAGAGGACAGCCAGGGCGGGCGGAUCCGGUCGCUCGGCGAGAGCCUGUGCAAGGUGCUCCUGCACCUGCUCGACACCGACAACGAACCCAACAUCAAGUCCGUGUGCCAGCUGCUCAAGCUUUCGGGCAUAGCCCUGGACGCGGAUUGCCCGGGCGGCAUGCACGCCAUGUUCGAGCGUCUCAAGCGCCGCGCCGCCCUGCCCGCCGUGCGCGCCGUGCUAGCGCUCCGCCAGGGGCGCUGGGGGCUCACCGAGCCCAAUAGAGGUCGUUCAGGUACAGUGACGAACGGCGACGGCCCCGGCGCGGGCGACGGCGGGGGCGGGGUGGGCGGGGGGUUCCUGGCCGACGGGCACUCGCUCACGGCCGAGGAGUGCGCCUUCCUGCAGAGCAACCUGCCGCCCAAGGCCGCCGCGCUAGAGGAGGACAUACUCGAGGAACUGGAGAACGACGCCUGGGACACCGGCAUGGACGCCGAGAUGCAGGCCGGGUUCCUCGAGUUCCUCAAGAUGUCCAACCAGAUCAACCGAUAACCUAGGUCCGGGGGGCGAGCUAAAAAAAAUAUAAAACACAAAACUA